CCCGAAAAAACACACAGAAAAAAGUUUAGAAACGUGAUGAAACUAUGAGGACCUCUGGAUUAAUUUUCCCUUCCUUCUAUUUUAUUUCCUGGAAUCUCUUGCCAAGAGGAGGGGCUAUUAUAUUAUACACUAACUAGACUCGUCUCCACACAGCCACUCACUUAUACAGAGAUAUCAUUCUCGUUCUCUGGCUCGCUCCUAAUUUUUCUUCUCCCUUCAGUCACCCACGCUCCCGUUCAAUCUCAUCCCUCUCUACACGAAUGCUCCAUGAAUCCGCACGCCGUCCCCAGGUUAUUCUCACACGCUGCCGACUUCCCCCGGAAUGUGCACUGGCUGGACUCCGGCUCAGCUCCGGCAGUGGGUUGUCAGUGCCGACCGGAGUCGGAGGUGAGCCACAGUAGUUGCAGCAGCGGGUGCAGCGGCCAUGGAUCGCCGAGUUCUCUGACGAGUUACCGGGGCGUGAUGCAGAGGAGCAUCAGCAGCCACUCUCUGCAGAGGAGUGGGGCCCACCAGCCUGUUUCUGCUUCACUCGCCGACUUGCUGGAGGAGGCUCAGGUGAGAAAAGUCUACAGUGCCGGUGAUUUGCAGAGGAUGAAUGUAAUGCAAGAGAGUCGGCGUUCAGAAAGUCCGUUGUCGAGCGAAAGUAGUAUGAUCAUUGAAGGGAUGAGCAGAGCGUAUCCUUAUAGCCCGGAGGAGAAGAAGGUCAGGAUUGAGAGAUACAGAAUCAAGAAAAAUAAGAGGAACUUCAACAAGAAAAUUAAGUAUGUAUGUAGGAAGACAUUGGCGGACAGCAGGCCGCGCAUCAGAGGAAGAUUUGCGAGGAGUGAAGAAGUAGAGAAGAAGAGAGAGAUGAUUGAGAAUAAUGAGAGUGGAGAAGAGGAAGAUGAGAAUUGGACCACGUUUUUAGAAACCUUGGUGGUCGCAAAUCUUGUCCAGGAACCUUGAGGGGUGGACUGUUAUUAUUGCUGCUGAUCUGAUGGACGAGGAAUAAAAGUAUGUGUGCUGAGCGAGUCUCGUUACAUUUGAUGCUGUCCUCUUUCCCUUGUCGAAAUCGAAGUCGGCAAUGUGGUAAAAUGUAAAUGUAAGGGUCACUCUUUUAGAGUUGGAUAUAAUCUAAGGGUCAAUUUUUUUCUUUUUUAAUAUGAUUUCCCUUGACUCUUCUUGUGCUCUUUUGACUUUUUUAAAUCACUCGGCUGGCACCGCAUGGAGUAGAAUGUAUUGUAUUGUAUAUUGUUAUUGA